AUGGAGUCGCCCGUCCGCCCGAAGCGGGUAUGGGCCUCGCUUAUUACGAAUCUGGACUACUUGCCGGGCCUCCUAACCCUCCACCAUUCCCUCCACAACCCGCGACCAGACUCAUCCACCAAUUUCCCCGCCUCGCCCACCUCUCCGAACGAUGGCAUUCCCGACACGACCUCCAAUCCCGCCGCUCGAGGCACCCGCUACCCUUUCGUCGCUUUCUACACCUCCUCCUUCCCGACCGAAGGUCUCAAGGUCCUCCAAGCCCGCGGCAUUUCGACGCAAUGGGUGCCGAACGUCACCCCCGCCACCACACGCGAGUAUGAGCAGGACCCACGCUUCAUAGAGACCUGGACCAAGCUGGUUGCGUUCUCGCUGACCGAGUAUGAGCGGGUGGUGCUGCUGGACGGUGAUAUCCUGGUGCGCCGCAACAUGGACGAGCUCAUGGAGAUGGAGCUAGAUGCGCCGGAAGUGCUAGCACGCGGAGCGGGGACAAAGGUCUUUGCGGCGGCGCAUGCGUGCGCCUGCAAUCCGAUGAAAAAGCCGCAUUACCCCGACAGCUGGAUCCCCGCAAACUGCGCCUACACAAGCCAACACCCCGUGCCCAGCGUCGCGCAAACUACGGCCCCGGCGCCCUCUACCGGCGUCGGCAUGCUCAAUAGUGGUGUCCUCGUCAUUGUGCCCUCCGCCCAUACGUACGCGGAGAUCACCAUCGCGCUGCAAGACACGGCCCGCAUCUCGGCAUACGAUUUUCCAGACCAGGAGCUGCUGACCGACGUCUUCCGGGGCCGGUGGGUGGCGCUGCCGUACGUGUACAACGCGCUGAAGACAUUGCGCUGGGCCGACGUGCACAGCGCUAUAUGGCGUGACGACGAGGUCCGCGCCGUACACUAUAUCUUUGCGCGGAAGCCGUGGCAUGAGGAGAUCAAGCCGGAGCAUGAGCUGCGGGCUAUCAAGGGCCUGGAUGAACCUGGGGUGUGGUGGUGGGAGGCGAAUUGGGAGCGAGCGAGAGGGGAGAGGGAGGCGGGGAUUGUAGAUAAGUAUUCGGAGUAA